CCUUCUGGUUUUCGAUAUUCGUCUUUCUGGUUUCCUUCUAGAAUUCGUCAUUCUUUCCUGGAAUCCGUCGAUCGCUCGUUAUUUCUGCAGAUCGGUAACUCCAUUUCUCGGAACAUAUUGAUCUUUUUUUUUUCAUAUCAUGUCCGGUAUUUUUAAACUCCGAUCUCCUCCGUAUCACUUUCUAACUGUCUCAGCAACAGCGUGUAAUUUGCUAUUACUACGAAACAAGAUCUGAGGUUGUGUAUAUUGCAUUUGAGGGGCAUUUUUCUCUCUUUCUUCCUUUCAUAUGGUUAUUGAUUUUGUUGAAUUAAAUUAAGUGCUUGUUUAUUGAUAUUAUUGACUAUUUAAAUGUUUUGUGGAUGAUUGUGGGUAUCCCGUGAUGCGAACAAUUUCUACACACCGUAUCGAGCUUCAUGUUUGAUGAAUUAUCCCAAUUGUAAAUGUAACGAUCGUUGUGCUUAUUAAUUUGACGAUUUUAUUGAAUCUCCUUCUCGGGAGGCCAAUGAAGAAGAGUUCUCUGUUUGCACAGUCAUCAUCCCUGAAAAACGAUAAAAAGAGCUUUUGAUUGGGACUUACUACCUCGGAUUUUUUAAAACUGGUUAGGCUGCCCCCAAAUUAUGUGUCUGUAGAUCGCCGCAAGUAACGGGUUAGAUGGGGCUUUUGCAGGCAUCUGAAAGUUGGACCCAAUAGAUGGCAAGCAGGUUUGGGGAAUCAACGAGCAGAUCACCACCAAGCCCUUCCUACUCCAGCAACAAUAGUAACAGCGAUGCAGGCAAUUUUGAAUGCAACAUAUGCUUUGACUUAGCACAAGACCCUAUCAUUACUUUAUGUGGCCAUCUUUUCUGUUGGCCCUGUCUCUACAAAUGGCUUCACUUUCACUCACAGUCACGGGAAUGCCCGGUGUGUAAGGCCCUCAUUGAGGAGGAGAAAUUGGUUCCCUUAUACGGAAGGGGUAAGUCCUCAACUGACCCAAGGUCGAGGUCUGUUCCUGGUAUGAACAUACCGCAUCGUCCAUCAGGUCAACGACCUGAAACUGCCCCACCGCCUGAAUCAAACCACUUUCCUCAACAUGGGUUUGGAUUCAUGGGUGGGUUGGGAGGCUUUGCUCCAAUGGCAACAACAAGAUUUGGGAAUUUUACAUUCUCCACAGGAUUUGGUGGUUUUAUCCCGUCGUUGUUUAACUUUCAACUGCAUGGAUUUCAUGAUGGCGCUAUGUAUGGUACUCCAACUGGUUUUCACUAUGGAUUUCCUAAUUCAUUUCAUGGCGGCCAUGCUCACGGAUAUUAUCCUCGUCAUACAGGUCAAGGUCAACAGGAUUAUUAUCUAAAGAGGCUUCUUGUGCUUGUUUUUUUGUGUGUUGUUCUUGCUGUUAUUUGGCAAUAGACUUGAUAAAGCUGAAGCUGCUAAGAAAAAUGAUGUUUUUGCCGAACUUAAGUCAUUGUAGAUCUUCUGAUGCACUCUGUAACUAAGGCUUUUGUUUAUAUUUUGUUUCAUCAAUACUAUUGCAGCUAUCUUUGUCAUUA